UCGAAGGAUCCCACCACCAUCCCCCCGCCCCGGCCUGUGUGCUCCGAUUCUGUCUGUUAUUUUGCACCUUAUAUAGAAAAUGACCCCCCCCCCCCAAACCAAAAAUGCCUUAUCCUUCCUCUGUUUCGCUGCGAAACAAUACCAUGAUUUGGGAGCUUUCUCCCUUCAGCUGUGUGUUGUUUUCUCCUCCUCUUCUUGAUCGUGUUGCUGUGUAGAAGUAGUGUUUUUAUCGGAGUACAAUGUUUUGUUUUUGGGACAUUAGGGGAUUUAGGAGUGAACUGAGCUCAGAGCUGCAUAAACUGAAAUAAAUCAUACAUUGUGAGCGCGGCAGGUACUGUUAUUUGUAUUUUGCUAUGAAUUCUGCAACGUUGAACCUUCACCCACCUUCUCGCAUUUCACACUGCAAAACCAUACGAGAAAUGAAGCAAUUUCACGCCCUUUUCAUCAAAACAGGUCAAAUUCAUGACCUUUCAUUGGCAACAGAAUUCCUUAAGCUAUGCGCAACCUCGGAUUAUCGUGAUACUCAGUAUGCCCUCUCUGUUUUUGCCCAAUUACCUGAACGCAAUUGCUUUUCUUGGAACACUAUGAUCAGAGCACUGGCUGAAAGCGACGAUGACUGCGGACCAUUGGAUGCUUUCUUGUUGUUUUGUCAAAUGGUUUCUGAUGGAAUUGUUGAACCUAAUCGCUUUACCUUUCCUUCUGUCUUAAAAGCAUGCUCCAGGGUCGCCAGGUUGGUAGAAGGAAAACAGGUUCAUGGUUUUGUAAUCAAAUGUGGAUUGGAUAGUGAUGAAUUUGUCAUGACUAAUCUGCUGAGGAUGUAUGUAAUGUGUGCGAGUAUGGAGGAUGCCCAGAUUUUAUUCACUAGGAAUAUUGAUGGGGCUGAAGAUAUGAACAGGAUGGUGAGGUGUAGUAAGAGGAAGCGAGAGGGUAAUGUGGUGCUUUGGAAUGUGAUGAUUGACGGAUACGUAAGACUAGGAAACAUCAAAGCUGCAAGUGAAUUGUUUGAUAGAAUGCAUCAAAGAAGUGUGGUUUCAUGGAAUGUCAUGAUAUCUGCAUAUGCACAGAAUGGGAUUUUCUUGAAGGCCAUAGACACGUUUCACAAGAUGCAAAUGGAAGGUGUAUCCCCAAACCGUGUGACUUUGGUCAGUGUGCUGCCAGCUAUUUCACGCCUUGGAGCGCUUGAAUUAGGGAAAUGGGUUCAUUUAUAUGCGGAGAAGAAUAAGAUUCCGAUUGAUGAUGUGCUUGGCUCUGCAUUAGUGGAUAUGUAUGCAAAGUGUGGGACCAUUGAGAAGGCAAUUCAGGUCUUUGAGGGACUCCCUAAACGUAAUGUUAUAACUUGGAAUGCUAUAAUCGGUGGUCUUGCCAUGCAUGGUAGAGCCAAUGAUGCCUUCAAUUAUUUUUCAAGAAUGGAAAGAAGUGGAGUGUCCCCCAGUGAUGUUACAUGCAUUUCAAUCUUGAGUGCUUGUAGCCAUGCAGGUUUGGUGGACAAGGGCAGAUUCUUUUUUAAUCAUAUGGUUGAUAAACUUAGAUUAGAGCCUAGAAUAGAACAUUAUGGAUGCAUGGUUGAUCUUUUGGGUCGAGCUGGUCUUUUAGAAGAAGCUGAAGAGCUUAUACUGAACAUGAACAUAAGAUCAGAUGAUGUUAUUUGGAAGGCCUUGCUUGGUGCUUGUAAGAUGCAUAAAAAUAUUGAGAUAGGUAGGCGAGCAGCUGAGGUUUUAAAGCAUUUGGCUCCUCAUGAUAGCGGGGCAUAUGUGGCUCUUUCAAACAUGUAUGCUGCAGUAGAAGAUUGGGAUGCAGUUGCAGAGGUGAGGUUGAUGAUGAAAGACUUGGAUAUAAGGAAAGAUCCUGGAUGUAGUUGGAUUGAGAUUGGUGGAGUGAUUCAUGAGUUCGUUGUUGAAGAUGAUUCCCACCCUAGAGCCAAAGAAAUACAAUCAAUGUUAGAGGAAAUUUCCCACAAGUUGAGUUUGGAAGGCCACAGGCCAGACACUACACAAAUCUUGCUUAACAUGGAUGAAAAACAAAAAGAAAGUUUGCUGCACUACCAUAGUGAGAAGAUUGCAGUGGCCUUUGGCAUAAUUAGCACAUCGCCAAAAACACCCCUUAAGGUUGUAAAAAACUUGCGCAUUUGCGAAGAUUGUCAUUCAUCGAUGAAGUUGAUCUCAAAAAUUUAUGAGCGCAAGAUAACUAUUAGGGACAGGAAGCGCUUUCAUCAUUUUGAGCAUGGUUCAUGCUCUUGUAGGGAUUACUGGUAG